UCCGUUUUCGAGCCGGAGGACGUUGUAGGAUGCACACAAUUUUAAUAACUGCAGGAUUAUGAAGAAAAGGUGAAAUAAAUCUUCAAAAUGAGCGGGUUUACAUCGUUGUUGCUGAACAUUAGCAAAGAAAUUGAAAGGGGGGAGCUCGAAACUAUGAAAUUCUGUUGUAGAGACUACGGAAUCGGCGCCAAACGUCUUGAAGAAAUCACCGGAGCUCACGAGUUAUUCAAAGAGCUCAUGAAACGAGAGUUGUUAGGGGCAGAAAAUAAAGAAAUUUUGGUUGAACUUUUGGAAAAAGCUGAUCGGAUUGAUCUUAAGAAUCAAGUACUGAGCAUUCAAGGUAAUAUAGGUCAAUUUUUUAUAUUAUUUAACAUGUAGACUAUUUAAUAUAAACACAUCAAAAUGUAUUCUACUAUAAAGCAUUUAACACUAGCUUUUUUUCAGUUCGAAUUCUAAUAAAUAGUUUGUGUUCUAAAUUUUGCAGGUUCUGCCAGAGUUGACUCUCAUUCUUCAGGUACAAAGAGUUUAUCAUUAAUAUAACAUCAAUUUCAAAUUUUGUGUAUAGUGAUUGUUUUCUAUUAAUUGUUACUUUAAUUCUGUUAAUUGAUUAUAAUUAAUAUUAACCUGUAAGCCUGGUUUAAAAGAGGUCAAUGGGGUAUGUCCUGAUUGCUCAAUUUACCGAAUUUUUUUUACUGAUUUAAUGAUUUUUUACUGUUUAAAGACCCUCCAGACCCUCUUAAAAUUGUUAUCGUAUUGUUGUAGCGUGAUUUCAUUGGGUCGCUCCAGAAAAGAUCCAUACUCCCCCCACGGAGGAAAUUUCUGCCGUCCGGAGGGGGCGGGGAGAAAAAAUUGUUUCUGAUAAUAGUAAAUGUAUUAGGACAUCCGAAGGGGGUAGGGGGGUUAACUUCCUAUUUCCUCCGUGGGAGUGGUAUGGAUGUUUUGUGGAAUGACCCAUUUACUUGAUGGCACAAAUCUAUCAUAUUAGGAUUUUUGUCAAGCCUUUGUAAAAUAAUUAUUCCAAAUUCUAAGGUUAUACCACGAGACCCUGGGAACGAGAUUGAGGUUAUACUUGUAUAGCUGGAUAACAUGUGUGAUAUAUUUAUUUGCUAAUUUAGUCACAGAUGACCCUGUUGCCAAUGGCAUUUUAAAAGACGCACACCUAAAUGAGAUCGCAGAGGACCUUGGCAGAGAUUGGAAACAGCUCGGUAGGAAGUUAGAUAUUCCAUCUAGCAUUCUUGGUAACAUCGACGAGGAACACCGCAGGGUUAGAGAGAAAGCUGUUGAGAUGAUGUUGCGAUGGAAAAAACGAAAUGGAAAUAAUGCGACAGGGCAAGUUUUGGCUGAUGCACUCAUAAAGAUUGGCCGAAAAGAUGUGGCUGAAACAUUAGCAAGUAUGGCCUGAAAUUUUGUUUUGCUAUUAAACUAUUUGUUUCCCUUAACAAGUAAAAUUAUUUGCCAUUAAAAAAUAGAGUAAAGGGGUUCUGUAAUUAUCGACACUUUCACAAAUGUACAGAGAGUACUUUUAUUUCAAACCCCCUUCAAGCAAAAAGUCUCUCCCUUGAUGAGUAAAAUAAAUUAGCAUUGACAUUUCACUCAGUUAGCCCCUUAAGUGGCAAUGUGCCCUACUUUGUUAUUUUACUCAGUCUAAUCCACUCUUUCUAACACCAGAUGAUUUUACUCGUGAAGGUGAGAGUGCUGCCACUCAAUGAGUAAAAGGGUGUGGUUGAUAGAAGGGGUGCACACCUUCCAGGUAGAUGUUGUAUAUGUAAAUCGUUACAUUUUGUUUCACAUAGGUGCCUGUCAACAAGAUGGUAUCAAUAUUGACACUAGCGAGGGAAGACGACAAGGUUCAUCAGUCCGUGAAAGUAGCAGAACAGAAUCAGGUACAAAGUUUUUAUGGUAAUUUAUACAAAAUUUGAGAAUGGCAUACUUGAAGUAGCAAAUAAUGUAAAUUGUUGAAAAUGGGGACUAGCAAGGGGCCAGCCCCCAGUAGAAGUGGUGAGUAAGCCCCUCACAUACCCGCCUACUCGAGAGUUGGAGAAUUUAAUAGAAGCUAGGUACCAGAUUCUGCACUGCCUGAAAUGUAAAAUGAACAAUUAGUGACAUAGUUUCUUCUGCAUGUCAAAUCUCCCCCAAAAUGCAGGAAAUGCAAUUUUAGAAGCUCCAAAUUUCAGCAAUAAACAAAGCAUGGUAUAAAUCCUAAAACAUUUUGAAAUUAAUCUAAGAACAUUUCAUUGACAUAGGAGGCGUAAAUAGCAUGCGGGCUGAUUUGGAACCAAAACUACCAACGCAAGAGUCUAAAAGACGAUAAGAUAAGGAAAGUAUUGAUAUGAACUGAUUGCUACAGUACAUUUUAGCUUUUUCAUUUUUAUAUCCAAAAUUGAUAGGCAUUUUAACAAUUUUAAGCCAGACAAUUUAUAAUAGUUAGGAACAAGUUGUUUGAUAUGUGGUAUUUAAUAGCCUUCAAAAGUAUGUAAAAAGUCGCCAAAAUGCGAAAUUAUUUCAGAUGUCUCCCAGUUUACUGUGCUCGACACUGGGACGAAUUUGGGCAGAUAGAAAAAUAUUCGUGACUUCUAUGUGUAUAUAAUGCUAAAAAUAUCUGCCUAAUUUAUGUACUCGGACAAACUUGUCCUGUUGUAUUUUGUGAUAUGUUACAUGUAAGAUAGGACAUGUAUGAAAUAAAUCUAUGAAUUUAUAACUAUAAGGGUAAAUAUACUGAGGUGAU